CUAAAAUCAACAAAAUUAAAACAAAAAAUUGUAAUUAAAAGAAUUAAAAGGAAUUAGACAUGGAAGCUCCUAAAUCUGCUGAUCCAAUAUACUUAAACUUGUCAGCUGAUGAUCCAGACUUGGGGACAACGGAAAUAGAGUCAAUAUGUAUGAAUUGCUACAAAACUGGAGUGACGAGACUACUGCUGACUAAGAUUCCAUUCUACAAGGAGGUAGUAAUAAUGUCAUUCACAUGUAAUGAUUGUGGCUAUCAAAAUAAUGAAAUUCAAUCUGGAUCUGAAAUUAAGGAAAAAGGUAUUAAAAUUAAGCUCACGAUUGAUGAUGUUAAGGAUUUAAAUCGUCGAGUAUGUAAAACGGAUUAUAGUGCAUUGAGAAUUGAGGAGCUGGAUUUCGAGAUUCCACCAAAAUCACAAAAAGGUGAAAUAACGACAAUUGAAGGAAUUAUAGACCGUGUAGUUAAUGGAUUAUCACAGGAUCAAGAAAAAAGGAAACUGGAACAUCCAGAAGCUGCUGAACAGAUAAGUCAAUUCAUGCAAAAAUUGGAGGAAUUAAAGGAAGUUAAAAAGCCAUUUACGAUAGUUCUUGAUGACAUUUCUGGCGAUGCUUAUAUUGAAAAUCUUUGUGCACCACAUUCCGAUCCAAAUAUGCAUGUCUCACACUACAAUCGUAAUAAGGAACAGGAUCAUAUGCUUGGAAUAUUUAGUCGCGCAGAAAUUGAUGAUGAAACAGAAGUUAAAAAUAAGGCUGAUCAAGAUGAAAAUAACGAGAAAUUAAAGCCAAUUCCAGAAGAUGCAUGGCCAUUAGAGGAACUUCACGGUGAAGUACUACGAUUUCCAACAAAUUGUCCUGAAUGUUCAGCACCAUGUGACACAAAUAUGAAGCUUACAACUAUCCCACAUUUUAAGGAUGUUGUCAUUAUGGCUACAGUCUGCGAUCGUUGUGGAAAUAGAACGAAUGAAGUCAAGUCUGGUGGUGGAAUUGAGGAUCAGGGUGUGAAAAUUGAAGUUAAAAUCACGUCACGAGACGAUUUCUCAAGAGAUGUUCUUAAAUCCGAGACAUGUCACUUGGCUAUUCGAGAAUUAGACGUUGAUGUUGGACCGUCUGCUUUAGGUGGUAGAUUUACAACUGUUGAAGGAAUUUUAACUGCUAUGCGCGAUCAAUUGUCUGAAAAUAGUGCAAUUUUCGAUGAUUCUUCUGAAAAGGACAGCACAGAUCGAUUACAUCAAUUCUUUGUGGAAUUCGAUAAGAUAUUGGAUGGAAAAAGAGAAAUAACAAUGAUUUUGGAUGAUCCAACAGGAAACAGCUAUGUCCAAGCGCUUUCUGAUGACGGAAAAUCUGAUCCAAAUUUGAGAAUUAUUCGUUAUCACCGUUCAUUUGAGCAAAACGAGGAAUUAGGAUUGAAUGACAUGAAAGUUGAGGGAUAUGAGCAAGACAGCAGCUGAAGAAUAAUAUGAAUUUCUGUAAUAAUGAAUUUGAAUAUAACGAAAUAAAGACCUUUAUAAUUUUUUCUA